GAUUUUUUUUGUAAGAAGAGCAUAACUUUGUUUGUGAAUUUAUGAUCUCUUCUUCCACCAACUUAAAAAAAAAUAUAUUGUUCAUGAAUUUGUUAUUGCAUGGUGCACACGAAUAAUAAGAUAGAAAGGAAAGGUGAAGUUGUUCUCUGGUUGAAGAGUGAAAGAAUAAAGAUGGACAGCCUAGAAGAGAGUGUGUUUAUGUUCAAUGAUGAAGAGUAUUAUUCCAAUGAAUCAGAGCUGCAUGAAGAUCUAUGGUGCCAAGACAACACCCAUUCCGAUGGCUCACCAGAUAACACUUUGUAUUGGGAAUCUCAGGUCUCACUGCUUCAGGAAACAUUGGAGCGUUACCAUGUAAGUGGGUCAAAAUUGAGACGAGAGGUUGGUCGAAUCAUAGAAGAGGUGAAGGGUUCGGAUUUCUGCGGCUGCUUGAAGGCAAACCCUAUGGAUUGCACGAGCUGUCUGAGAAGACAAGUUGUGACGGAGCUCCGAGACAGAGGAUUCAGUACAAAGCUUUGCAUUUCAAAAUGGGGAACGACGAAAAAGUAUCCAGGAGGUUGUCACGAAUAUAUUGAAGUGAUUGCAAAGACAUCAACAAGGAAGAAGCAGAUUCAUAUACUGAUAGAAUUGGAAUUGAGAGAGCAGUUUCAGAUUGCAAAAGCGGGUGAAAAUUACCAGCAUCUGGUGUCGUGUUUGCCUGAGUUUUAUAUUGGAAAAGCGGAGAACUUAUGUGCGAUUGUUCGAGUAAUGUGCAAUGCUGCAAAGAAAUCAAUGAAGGAGAAGAAAAUGCAUGUGGGUCCGUGGAGGAAGAGUAGUUUCAUGCAAAUGAAGUGGUCUGGGUUCAAUCAAACAACAUCCUUUGAAACACAUACCACAUAUACCCCUCAACAUUCAACUCGAUCUUACCUCACCAUUGCAGCAGCUCCUACACCUGUGGUAGUCACCUGAGUUAAUUAGUAGUAGGAGGAGCAAUGUGUCAUUAGAUCAUUCCCAUUUCAGUGUCCUUUACUUUAGGUCCGAGAUUAUGAUGUAACAUAAUCGCCUAGCCGUAGACUAUUAUAAUAUCAUAUAUUCUCACUGUCCUCCUGUUCUUUCAUAAAUACAGUUGAGGAGAAGUGUUUAUUCCGCAACUCAUUGGAAUAUAUUCAUCACUAAUCUGAGUUUUAAUUUACUUUUUGUAAA